AUGGCGCAACCGGAUAUCUCCUCGAUCCUUGCCGCAUUAGCGCAAGGCGGCACACCUCAAGCACCUACACCUACACAGCAGGGCCCUCCGGGUCACGCGCCUCCUCCGGGCUAUCCGCCAGGCCUCCCGCAACAACCACCUAGCGCGCCUCCGCAAUCCAGCUACCUCCCACAACCCUCCAACACCGGCAGCGUCGACCUCAGUUCCAUCAAGCCUGUCAACAGCGGCUCUGUCAGUAUUGCAGACGCUAUCGCCAAGGCCAAAAGCAUCGCGGCCAACCGCGGCGUGCAGUCAUACGAUCCUCGGCAAUCGUCUUCGACUCCACGUGAAGAUCCUCGACUCGCCGCUCGCGAUUUCGGACGCUCGCGAUCGCGCUCUCCAGCUCGACAUGACUCUUACGGUGGCAACCCGUACCGCGACGAACGCCGCGAAGACCCUAGACGCGGAAGCUAUCGCAGGUCCCCAUCACAAGAUCGCAACUUCCGCGGCUCUCGAGACCCACCUCCCGGCUAUCGCUCUGAUGAUGGCCAGACGGAGACGAUUCGAGUGAAGUCAUCACUCGUCGGCCUUAUCAUCGGUCGCGGCGGCGAGAACUUGAAGAGAAUCGAGACUGAUUCUGGGGCGAAAGUGCAAUUCGUCCAAGCAAAAGAGCCUCACGCAACCGAACGUCAGUGUACCAUCUCCGGUAGCCUGCGCGCGCGCGAAGCUGCCAAAGCCGCUAUCUUCGGUAUUAUCGACGAGAACGGUGGGCAGAACGUCAUGCAAGAGAAGGGCGCGUACACCCCGGGCAUGCCCGGACGAGCCAAGGUCAACCUGCCUGCUCACAGGGAGGACGACAACCAGACACAAAUCAUGGUACCGGACAAGACCGUGGGUCUCAUUAUCGGCCGCGGUGGUGAGACUAUCAAGGACCUGCAGGAGCGCAGUGGAUGUCACGUCAACAUCGUCGGCGAGAAUAAGAGUGUCAACGGCCUGCGUCCGGUCAACCUUAUUGGCGAUGACAGGCAGACGCAGGUCGCGAAGGCGCUCAUCAUGGAAAUCGUCGAAAGCGACCUCAAGUCAAGUGGAGCCAAUCAGGCCGCUCCACAGCGAGAUCGUGGCUACGACAAUUACAACCAGCGUGGAGGCGGUGGUGGUGGCGGCGUUGGCGGUCGCGACUGGAUCGAGAAGACGAUCAAAGUGCCGUCUGAAGCCGUCGGUAUGAUAAUCGGCAAAGGCGGUGAGACGAUCAAGGACCUACAGAAGACCACUGGAUGCAAGAUCAACGUCAACCAGCCCAAGCCACCGGAUGUCACGAGAGAUAUCGAUCUCGCUGGCAACUCGAGGGCAAUGGCGGAAGCAGAGUCGACAAUCUGGGAGAAGGUUGAUGUCGUGCGUCAGCGUGACGAAGCUGCCGGCCGUGGUGGACGUGGAGGCGGCGGUGGUGGUGGCGGGUCGUACGAUCGUUACUCACAACAGCAACAGCAGCCCCAGGUGCCGGCCUAUGGGCAGUACAUGCCUCCCCAGCAGACGCAAGCACCACCGCAGAUGCCUCCGUUCCAAAUGCCAGGACAGCAGUCGACGCCCCAACCUGGUGACCCGCACGCAAGUGAUCCGUAUGCUGCCUGGGGUGGCCAGCAAGCUGUGUACCAAUGGUAUGCCCAGCAGAUGGCCAACCUCGGACAGCAGCCACCGCCUGGCACCCAGUGA